AUGUCACUAAGUUAACUGUCAGGAAAGCAGGGCAUAAAUUAUGCAAAACUCAGACAUAAAAAGUCUCCAAAUGAUUAGUAGUCAUUUGGGUUAUUUGAAGACAUGAACAGAAACAACUUAUAAUACAUUGAGUCUUUGAUCUAGAAACGCAAACCUAGUGUGGAUCUGAAGCAUCAAAGAGCCAAGUCUACUCUCGACAACAAGUAACAUUCAUACAGACAUGGUACUCCCAUCAAUGAUAUGGAGGAAUUGGAAGGAGAAAAACUAUUUGAUUAGUUUUUUAAAUUGAACAACUCCAGGAGUGACAGUGAUUUUAUGAAGGAAUCAAUACAAAGAGACAGUGUGAAUAAGAAUAAUGAGAGUGACUUUCUUAAGUUUGUUGAGAAUGCUAUUGAAUAUCACAAACAUUCAGAUGUUAGAUUUUUCAGACUUUCAGUUAAUAAAUAAUCUCAGUUGGAAUAAAAAUUAAAAGAAACUACAUUAUCAAACAGAUUGCUAGCUAAUUAAUUAAACUAAUACAAAUAGAAGGAGAUUGAUCUCAAAAGUAAGAUCAAAAUGAUGCAGAAGGAAUUUACAAUUUAAUAUUAAAAACUAGUUUAAUAAAAUGCUUGGCUUGAAGAAUUGCUAGCCAAACAGAAAAUAGACAAUCAAAAUUCAUUGUUGGCUGUUAAGAAGACUGUAGAGAUGUUAUAGAUCAAAUGCAAAUGUCAAAAAGGAAAUCAAUUAUGUGACAAAAUAUUGAGAGAUGUUAAGAAUCAGGAAAGAGUAAGACAACAAUAUGAGUGGGAGGAUGAAUCCAAACCAACCCACUCCUCUUCGGAGUUAAGUAACAACACUUAGGAAGAAGAAUUAGAGGAUUCUACUGACUUCAAUUAUUAACUCUAUGAUAAGAACCGAAGGAAGUCUAUUUCAAAGGUUUGUCACAACUCCAUCUAGUCAUCCGAAGAGCAAUAGGAGUAAUUAGUUUAAAGCUUCAUUAAUGGGAAAAGCAAGAAUCUUAGAGAGUUCCCCAAGGACAUGUUUCUCAGAAAAAAACAAACACCAGAUCCUUAUUAUAUUGAGGAAGAGAAUACCAUCAAUAGUAACUGA